GCUUCCAAAACAUAUCCUACAAUGUCAGUUCAUGAUCACUGGAGGUGCAAAAAGGUUCUCUGUCUCAAACCUCUAGUCAGCACAAAACUUUACCUUGUACCUGCAGUGGAAUGAGAACCUCUGCAGUUUCAGCUCUGUGGCAGAUGCCUCACCUCUACAACAGACUCUCAGGACAGGGUUCCUUUGCUUUGUUCCUCAACCUUACCAUCCACCCCUCCUGUAGGGGGGGUUUAAGAUCUCUAGUGUCCUAACAUCCAGUAGAAAUUCACCUGCAGUAUGAUGGUUGGUGUUCAAAGUACUCUAUUCCAACUCCUUCUUAUUUUGUCAUGUAUUUUAUUUAACUGAGAAAAUAUUUUUUGCUACUGUAAAUAUUAAAAAACCCCCAAACCCUAGAGUGGCUUGAUUUGAGCAUAUCUCAUACUCUGUCUUGUUUCUUUCUGCACAGCUCCCAUGCUUAGUGAUGAUCCCAUCAUUUUCAGUUAGUUGGAGGAUAUAAAAUGCUGAUUUUUGUUGUUACCUGUAAGUCUUGCAUGUGUGAUUCAGAGGAGGUGAAUGAGCAGAAGCCUCGUGACUGAAGGUUCAUCUGCACUGUUCCCUCAGCUGUAGUCAUGAAUGAAGCAUUCCCUGAUGGACAGCAGGAGGUUGCUGUGUUCAGCCCCAUCACAGUCUGAGGUAAGCAUUGCAAACAGCAGCAUUCAGGUAUUUCCAGAGGGCAAAGGAAAGUAUUUACAGAGGGGAAGAUGUCAUAAAUAUCUCGAAACAGAAUUCCUGUUCAGAGCUGUUAAAAAUCAUGGAACAGUCAGAUGUGUGAGAUCCUUCUGGGAGUAACAGCCCUACUCCCAUCAUAGGGAUGGUUCUGCUUUAGAUUAGGCUGUUAUUUGAGCCUUUUCAUCAUUGAGAAUGGAUUUGACUUAAAGGCAGAAGUCAGCUGUUUUGACAGAUUGCACCUCUGGAAACUUUCACAAGUGAUAAACAGUCCAAAAGGCAGGAGAAACUAACUUUUGAUUAAGAACAGACUAAGAAAGUCUCUGUUCAGAGAUAGGGAAGCCCCAUGUAUUUUCAAACUGCUUUCUUGCCUGCUGUUGCUGAGAAUUUUGCUGGCAGUGAAAUUGUUCCUGACUGGUUUGGGUUUAGUUGCUGAAUUUCUUUCAUUUGAAGAAAUUUCAUGCUGGCAAGCCGAUUGUUUUCCAUCAGAACAAUGCAGUCAAAGGCUGAUUUUCUUUCUGGCUCCAGGAUUUGACAGUGAAUCCGUCCUUUGGAUGUUCGAACCUAAAACAAUAGGAGAAAAAUGUUGAUUUAACUUUCAGGUGUUCCAUCAUUGCAUUUUCACAUUGUUGUCAGCAAUUCACGUGUUUUGUUUUGGCACCUUGAAUGGAGGAAGCAUUUCUGGCUGAUCCAGCCUGUAGCUUUAUUUCCUUUCCUUGAACAGGAAUGGUGUUGUUCUUGAGAGAACUUAACACAAAAACAAGAAGCUGCUGUUUCCUCUGCUGGAAGAACCCAGUGUAUUCAAAGGCACAUAACUUGAUUAAGUUUAUGAUGGCUGAAGUGGUGUGUAUUUGUUUCUUUGUUAUUUGUUCUAGGUCUUUAAUCAGCAGCUUUUCUGGCCUUCUGCUGCAGGUCUUGUAGAAUAAUCUGUGAGUGUAAUCUGUGUUCUUGGAUCAGGUUGUAGUAAAACCUCUGUCUAAUCUGUCUGAUUUGACAGUUUCAAAAAACACAGCAAAACUCUUACCUGGUAUGAAACACUGGAAAACAUGGAAAUAAUGUUCAUAGUUUUCCCUGCAACUUUUUUUUCUUUUUAUAGUCCUAAAAAACUGAUUGUCUGCAAUGGCUGCAACUUAAAAUUAGUAUAACAAACAUCUUUGGCUUUACUUUCAGUUGGUAAUGCAUUCAUUUUUCAGCUUUCUCACUGAAGCAGCAUUAUUUUCAGUUGUCUGAAUGGAAGAAAUUAUCUCCUUCUGGACUUCGAAAAAUGUUUCUAGUUUCACAGCUACAUAGAUAGAUAGAUAGAUAGAUAGAUAGAUAGAUAGAUAGAUAGAUAGAUAGAUAGAUAGAUAGAUAGAUAGAUAUCUUGCAUUUUCAAUUUAGUGGAAAAUGCAAUUGAAACAAGUGUAUAUGAAUUUCUUUAUCUUGGGGCUAUUUGUGAAGGAUGCUUGUUUUGUAGAGGUUGCAUUUUGUAUCUAAAUAUGGAAAACAGAUUAGAAAAUAUUUUGCUAUAGAGGAAAAGGUACAAAGAAGGGAAGAAAAUGGUCUGUUUUCUUCUAACUGAAAAAAAAUAUGCAACAAGCUUACUUUUGGUUCUAUACAGUCAUAAACUAGUGCCACUGAGACGAUUUGCAGUUGACAGAAAGCCCUGUGGUUAUUUUAUACCAUGGCAUGAAGACUGAGUCACAAUGACUCUCACCAAGAUGGGAUUUGGGGACAUCCCCAAGUGCAUUUUUUCAGGUACUUGUGUGAAGAGUUGUGCUAAAAGUUCUAGGACUGAAAGAGUCCCAAACCUGCUUGCUGUUACUUAAUCCUUGUUAAGAAAAUUCAAUCCUUCUAAAAGGUGCAGAAUUUUUUAUAUAAGAAAAAUAAAUGCUCUUUGUCAUUUUCUCGAGAAAUGUGAUGUAUAUGUUAGGAUAUUUUUUCUUUUUCACUGUCUUAACUGGGUUUUUUUGUUUGCUCUCUUCAAAAUUCUUAAACCACUCGAGUCAACAGACAGUUAAUGCUUAAUUAAUAAAAUUUUCUGUGAGCAUCAUCAUACUUUAAGGCAGAUUCACAAGGUCAUGAACAUAGAUAAACUCAUAAAAUUCUAUUUUCUUGUUAAUGCCAUGUCUUCAUUUUGAUCCUCAUACUUUUUUUUUAAAGGUAAAAACAAAAACAAAACCCUAGAAACCAAUACCCCAGCACAAAACACCCUUUCCAAGUGUCAUAUGUCUUGUUUAGCAGAACUUUCAGCCUUCUGAGAUUUACUCACUGAUUUGACAUCAAAUAUCCUUGAUAUAACUCUGUGAAUCAAAGAAUUUUCCCCUUAAUAGAUAAAGACUGCAUAACCUGGUUGGUAAAGAUAAUAUUUGACACAGAAAUCAAUACCAUUGUUCUUUUAUACACCUCAAGCACACUAUCUAAUUCUAAUCUGGCACUUCUUGAGAUGUUUCUAAGAUAUUUUCUUGUGGAAAUAAAUAAAGUCUGAGUUAAUCAUCAGUGUGGGAAGGUAUUUUUAAAGUAGAAGCAUGCAGAACAACUGUAUCACACAAGGCUUACAGACUGCCAGUGUAAAUACCAUUGUCACAUUCAUGUAGUCACAUAAGAUUAUUAAAUUUGGGGGUGAUAUUCUCAUGUAACACCUACACAGUUCAUCAGCUUCAGAGGAGCUGCACAAAUGAGAGUAGAAGUUGACCUUUACAGUUCAUGUACUGAGUCACAACUUCAUCUCCAAAGCUGCUGUAACCGUAAUGCACUUCGCCUUUGCAUCCAUUUUAUCUGCCUGCUAAAUAUAAACCUGUUCUGGAAAGUUAAAGUGCACAUGUGACAGGGGCCACUUUGGAUAAGCCCCAGCACUCAGACACUCUGCCCUAUUAAUGGUUCCAUCCUAGUUCUGCCUAAUGCUCCCCAGCGCCAGUGUUUGCUUUCUCCUAGAUUACCUGGGCUCGCACAAUCAAUAAAAGCAGCAGAAGAAAGCUCCUGUUCACUUUCUGCUACAGUUCUGUCUCUUUCUUUGCAAAUCUUUUAACAAAAUGGGACCAAGCGUCUCUGUUCGUUUAGCUGGAAAUUCUCAAGCAUCAGACAGAUUUUAAAUGUACUUUGGCAUGGCAGAAAUGUCAGGGGCACUCAGCUCACAUAGGCAAGCAAGACGCUGUCUUUAAAAAUUUUGACAUCAGCUGGAAGAUGCAGAGACAGGUCAACCAAAUGUUAUUAGGACAAUGUUAAUUAGGACAAACCUUUAUCCUGUGACCGUGCUAUUUAAAUCUGCAGAGGGAGAGGAAUCUGGAGGAAUGGAAACCAUGCCUGAACAGCAUUUCCUAAGGCUGUCAACACUAAUUGCAAUGUAAGACCUUCUGUUCUUCUUGCCCUAUAAUAGAGCAAACCUGCAUAGCUCUAGAAUUUACAGGAUGCUGUCUCAGUUAGUACUGGCACCUUCAAAGUUAUCUUGUCAUAAAAAUACUACUUUCCAGCAAAGAGAUAAUAGGUAUUGCUUUAAAGGGGGUAGCUAGGGCAGUACUAAUGAUUUCUGUAUCAGCUUGGUUUUGACAGUAUUAUUUAGAAAAGAGUCUUGAAAAAUGUCCUUACCAUAGCGCUAUAAAAGCAGAGACAGAUUAGGCUUUGAAACUUCAAUGUUCAAAAUGUUGUGAACUAAAUUAAGAUUGAGGGGGUGGUGGAUGGCUGCCUACUACUGCAUACAUUAAACCCUAGUUUCUGUGUGUGUGCUGCUUACUUGCCUCUAAGGAUUUCAGCAUUUGCUGUGUACAAAUAUUUAUAGUAGGCAAACCCAAAAUUUCUUUUUAAAUUUCCUUUUACAAACGGUGCCUGAUGCUUUUCCGUCUCUAACUCAAACCACAGUUUCCACAUCACAGAAGGAUGCACAAGGCUGCAGGCUAUUUGAGGGAAUGUUUGCGUGUGUAUUUGUUAAAUUUCAGGGCUCAAGACUUCCAUUUACUGCAUCUGUCUUAAAAUUCAUCAGAGGGGGCAGACCAGCCUGGUACUAAGGACACCCUCAGAAGUGAAAGGCGUGGGUGAGAGUCCCCACAGCACACUUGGCAAGUGAGCAAGAGUAAAAAGAAAGCAGCAGCUUCCUCAGAUUCAGUGAGAUUUGCUGGGAAUGUUUGGAUUGGGAGAAGAAAGUGAGAAAUACCAUUGUGAGAAUUCUGGUGGUGUUUACACAGUGACAGUGCUUGAGACAAGGCUGAGGUGCCCCUGCAUCUCGUGUUGCCUUGACCUGGCUAAAAAAAAAAAAAAAAAAAAAAAAAAAAAAAAAAAAAAAACUUAUUGUGCUGGUUUGGGUUUUUUUUCCUUUCUUUUCACUGUGAUUUCUUGGGUUUUAUGCCUUUUUUUUUUUUUUUCUUUUUUGCUUACUACUUUGUAGGAAUCUGUAUUUUCAACUCAGUUAAAUGAACUACUUCACCUGCAAUCACCAGAGAAGAAGGGAGUUGGGGGUUUUGGUUCCAUGAAAUACCAUGGUUGUGGAAGGAAAGAGGAGACCUGAGAAACCCAAAAAGCAAUAGUAUUACACAAGUUUAUGAUAAGAAGUUGGGCAACUAACAUUACCAGAAGAGGGGAAGUGAAAUUUUUCAAAGGUACCCCAAUUGUGUAAAGUACAGCAGAAGCUAAUUUACUCUGAAGUUGUGUUCCCACAAAAACAUCCAGACCUGCCUGAAUUGUAAUUUGGUUUAAACCAAUUUAGCUUAUUUAUGCUGAUAGUGUCGCAGUGGUUUAAAAAUGCAAAGACUUUGCAUAUUGAUGUAAAAAAUAAAGUUCUUUAUUUUAAGUGAAAUGAACAUCAGCAAAACCAAAUGUUAGUUCAUUAGAAAAUGUUCAUUAUGACAGAGAGAAAUUAUGAAAAAUGAAUUCGAAGGAUGUAGCCUUAAAACCUGUAUGAACAAUUAUUUGUCUGUUCUUGUCCCCAUAUUAACAUGAGUAGACAAAAACCAGACAUGAGUUCAUGUUCUUUUACUGAAAUACUCAUUUCUGUGAGGGAGACACAGGAAAGAGACCGAAGAAAAUCUUUCCCAUGGUGUGCAUUAAAGAACAAGUGAGACAAUUUAAAGAUUGUGGGCUAAUGAAUUCAGAUGUACUAAUUUAUGUUGUUACUAUUUGAUUUUUCAAGACCUCUAAUCAGGCUGCAAAUGUGAGACAGGGGCACAAUGAAACAUAAUGGUGUCAAAUUUAAUAGCGAUGGGCAUAAUUUUCUCUACUUAUGAAUAAUCUGUCAUUAAAAAGAUUUGGAAGCCAGCAGCAAUAAUGUAGGAAUUAUUUUCAUACUUAUUAGUAAAGGAAUUAAAGCUGAUUGUUCUAACAUGAGACAGUGGGUAACUUCCCUGCGUACUGGUGGCUUUUUUUUUUUUCUUUACUCUUAGUCCUUAUCAGGUUUACUUGUCCUAUUCUUAAUCUUAUCAGCCGCAUUUCCACUGCCUAGACUGUCAAAGGGACACCAAGUGCUGCAGAUAAAAUGCUAGAGGUGUAAAAAGCUCCUGCUCAGAAGCUAAAUCAGAAUCACAUGUCAACAGUUCAGGCUCAGGCUCUGGCAGGAUGGUAGGAUCAUUGUUUUUAAUGCCAUUUACUAAUUAAAAAUGAGUCCCAGAUUACGGCAAGUCUGGAAUGAAGCGGUUUACUAAAGUGGUGAUUUAGCUCCUCGAACCGGCUACAUCAGAGUAUGUCAUUAAAAUGUAAUUUAUUUGAAUAUUGCUCAGCAAUUUCCAGAUGCUCUUCUGACAAGAGGCGGCGCGGUUUAUGUUUCGCACAAUCGACCCCCCGUGUUUCGGCCGGAGCUCAUUUUACCCCCGACGGAGACCGUGACAGGACUGCGGCAGGUGUAUUUUAUUCGGCAGACGUACUGUAAACGCAUUACAGCAGAUCAGCUGGAUUUCUUCCUUUAAUGUACACUGUGAGAUCCAACUUGCAAGCCAGCUGUUUCUUAUCGGCCCGUGUAAUCGUCCCGAGCCCGGCUUUGCCUCUUCCUCUCACAGCUAUUUCUGUAACGGGAUCGGACGAGCGAGAGCACCGCUAUGAAUUUUAAUGCUUCCACUGGGGAAUCCCUGCCGCCUCCUCUUUUUGGAUGAGAUCCUCGAGGAAAGACCCAGAACAGAGCGAGGAGAGGAGGCGGAGGAGGAGGAGAAGGAGGAGAAGAGGGAUGGCGUAGCCGCGGUACUGGGGAGAGCGGGAAGGGGGAGCCGCGGGGCGUAGUUAGGGACCGUGGCGGGGGCGACACCGAGGCGGGCACUGGGGCGGGUGGGAGCCAUGGGGAAGGAAGGAUGGCUUGGGGCGUGUGUCGCUGCCUGACCGCGGCACGUCACCAGCGGCAGCAGCCAGAGCGCCGCGGUCCUGCCGCCGCCCCCGCACACAUGCACCCGCCGGCAUCCCCCGGGGCCGGCCGUGACCUGGACAGCGCCGAGGGCAUCCCGCUGGGUCCGGGCGAGAGACAGAGCCCGCAGACCGGGCGCUAAAACCGCCUCGCCAUCCGCACGCCGCGGUCCGAAAGGAGGAGCCCCGGGUGCGGCUCCAGCCGCCGGCACCGCCGCCGCUCCCGCCGGCACCCCAUGGAUAAGGCGGGCUCGCUGCACAGCUCGGUGCCCGGGCCGCCGCCCCGGCUCUACCUGCCGCGCAACUUCAGCUGCAGCGCCUGCCUCUAUGGCAGCCUGGCCGAGCAGUGCAGGGCGGGCUGCAGCCCCGACAGCGACGCCGCGCCCACGCCCGUGGUGCGGGAAGCGGCGGGCGAGAAGCCGCCGCCGACCCGCGGCCGGGAGCCCACGCUGCCCGCCGUGCCCCCCAGCCCCACGCAGCGCCGCCGCGCCAAGUCGCUGCCCACGCCCGGCGACCGCAGCCUGCGCCCCGCGCUGCAGCAGAGCCCGUCGCGCCGCAAGACCGUGCGGUUCGCCGACUCGCUGGGGCUGGAGCUCACCUCCGUGCACCUCUUCUGCGAGGCCGACCUGCCGCGGGUGCCGCUGCCCGCGCCGCCGACGCCGCGCCCCGCCGACCUCUUCAAGACCAGGAAGCCGCCGGCGCUGGGCGACCUGGAGCCGGUGCUGUUCGGGCCGCCGCCGCCGCUGCUGGAGCCGCUGUUCCCGCCGCAGCCCGGCGCCAGCCCCGGCUUCGCGGAGCGGGUGCGGCAGCACAAGGUGAGGCUGGAGUGGGUGCGGGCAGAGCCGGCGGGGCUACGCGGGGCCGUGCGCGUCCUCAACCUCGCCUACGAGAAGGUCGUGUCGGUGCGCUACACGCUCAAUGGCUGGGCCAGCUGCGCCGAGGCUGCCGCCACGUACCAGCCGCCCGCUCCGGCGGACGGCAUCACCGACCGCUUCGCCUUCCUGCUGCCCCUGGGCGCCGCCGCCGCCGAAACCACGCUGGAGUUCGCCGUCCGCUACCGCGUCGCCGGCGCCGAGUACUGGGACAACAACGAGGGCAAGAACUACCGGCUGCGGGGCCGGCAGCGCGUCCCGCCCGCCGUAGGGCCCCCGCAGGACCCCGACAGCUCUGCCUGGAUCCACUUCAUCUGAAAUGGGGGGAGCGCGGAGCCCGCGCAGGGCCGGGGGACCCCUCCCGGGGGGUUCGGCGCGCUCCCCUCGGCGCCGGCCCCGCCGCCUCCCCGCGAGCCGCCCGGAGUUCUCCCGAGCUGUGUUUACAGAGGGGUGAUUUGUGUUUUCUGUGUCACUAGCGGGGCCGGGGGGAACCCUGGCUCAUCUCCCAGGCGCUCACGGGGUGUGGGCAGGGAGGCCGGGCGCGGGUUCCCCCUCAGUGUCCCGAGCACUGUGGCUUCCACCAAAGCAGCGGCUGCCGGCCGGGCUCCUGUGACAGGGGCCGGGAACGUGCGGGAUUUGGCGGUCAGGACCGGGAUCCGCAGGUGAGUGCACCUCCUCCCGGCCCCGGAGGUCAGGCUGAGCUGCUGUCACCUCAGCAGGUUACACGGAAGGCACUGCCACAGGGCAUCCCUCCGUGCUAUUUGCCUAAUCCUGCUCAGGCAAAGCUCGGAUCCGCCCUCAGCGCCUCGCUGACCCGCGCGUGUUAAUUGCCCCGCGGGGUCAAGGGCCUGAUAGUGCAGGCUAAGGGGCAGAUUAAUUUUGAACCCAAAAAGACAAAAGUAUGGAUGCCCCAAGGCCUAGCUGUGUUUCAUUACACAGUGAAAGUAUUCGAUUUAAAGCAAAGAUUUACUUCUUUUUACUUUUGAACACUGUUUUGGGUAUUUAAUCAUAGUUAGAACGAAAAAAAAAAAAAAAAAGCAUCACAUCCUAUUUGAAACGCAACUCACGGAGAGGUUUUUAAAAGAAAGUGUUUUGGUUUAGAAUUCAUGUGGUACGUUGAUGGAAAAGUUUGUCAAGAUCUGGUGAUUGUUUCAGUAGGAUUGGUCCCACAGAGCUGCUUGUGUUCAGGUCAGCAGGAAAGUUGUGGAAUUGCACCAGAAGAACGAGAGACGACAAGAGUUGAAUCUGUAAUUCCAGUCUGCACCAUGAGCAACACUUUCAUUCUUAUUCCUUUUGACAGUUUAAUUAAACAGUAUCAAUGCAGGAGCCUGCUUUCUGAAUUUCCUGCUCCAAAUUCUUCAUAAUAAUUUCAGUAACUGAUGGAUUUUACAAAACUGGUGAGGUUUAAUCAGAGAAAUCAAAGAAAGUUCUACCUUGGCAUAUUAAAGUAUAUAAAUUAAAAUUACACAGUGUACUGACUUCUGCCUUCAAAGGUAUGUUUUAAAUUAUAUUAGCACUAAACAAAGCAUUUUCCUUUUUAAACAUGUUCUUUCAGGAGUUCAGCUGAAUACAGGUUGUGCUGGUGCCAAAUCUGGGGUGCUAAUUUUCCAGGACUGAGGCAUGAAUGUGUUUGCUGGAGAGGGGCCUCUGCAAAUAUAACUAAUGAGAGUGGUAAUACUAUGUCAGUGUGAAUUUCUGGUUGUGAGGGCUGUAAGAUCAGGCCUUUUGGUUUUGAAUUUUCUGUAGGUUUCAGGAGGAAAUGCAAUUUUUUAAACUGCAUGUUUGUGUUUCUUGAAAGGGUUAAGUGUCCCAAGCAGCUUGAGUAAUGUCUGGAGUAAUGAGUUCUCACAGAACCUUUUGACUCUGGUGAGAAUUGAGAGCAGUUUUGUCUCCUGAGGGUCUGAUUCAGUCAGAAUAAUUAAAUUUAAAAUUCUGGGGGAAAAAGAGGUCUGGAAACUCAAUGGGAAAAGAAUAUUUGAUUUCAUUUCUGUAGAUUACUGUUUCUGAUUUAAUGAAAGUAAUAGCAAGGCUGCUAUUGGUAGCUUGGUUUUAAUUUCCCAGUCUAUGUUCUAAUCCCUGUGCUUUUAAUGAAACCCAACUUAACAGAAAUACACUGUCAGCAUCUACUGAGUAUUUCACAUUUUAGUAUAUUAAGAUCCCCAUCUUGUAAUACAGUAAUCCUGUAAGUUACUAGAACACAUUUAUAAAGCUAGAAUUGCACAAAUAGGGUCUUAAAAUGUUCAUGAUUAAAACCUAUUAAGUGGUGUAUUUGAUGAAGGAAGCCCAAGUGUCUUUUAGUUGAACUUUACAUUUUAUAAGAGCCUUAAUACUGGAGAGAAGGAAAAGGACUUGUCUCCAUUUGAAAGCACUUUGAAAUCUGGUAGAAAUAUAGCAAACCAUCAUUUAUUUAUGUGUUGUAGCUUUCCAAAGCUUGGCCUUUUUAACUGACAGAGUGAACCAACAGCAGUUAUGUGGACUAAUGUAAAUGCUUGGAGAAAAAAGUAGUUUCUAUGCAUUUUAGAUCAACUGAUGCUGCAACUUUGCUUAAGAAGUUUUAACGGGAUUUUCUGUUUGUUGUUUCAAUGGCUUUAAAAACAUGGACAGCUCUAAAAAACAUUUUUAAUACUGAGCAAUUCUAUAACUCCAAAAUUAUUUCCCAGUGAUUGGCAGUUUUCAUUGUUGUUUGAUUUAUGCAGUUUUCAUUGUUGUUUGAUUUAUGCAGCAUAUAUAGGUCUCUAAAAAUUCUCUAAAAAAUUCUCUAAAAGCAUUUUAAAAUCUCCUUCUACCUGUGGCUUAAACACUUUCGAUUUGGAUUACCUAACUGGAUGUACCUGCAUCAAGUGCAAAAGGAGGUCGUUGUAUUUCACUUUAUUUUUGGUUAUGACUUAGGUGAACUUACUGUUGUUCUUGGCAGAAUUGGGCUGUUCAGAUAUUAUUGUUCUUUUAUUUAUGGCCACCUUUGCCAAACACAAUUCUGAAUAUUCAGCCUUUUGAAGCAUACCAGGAGAGUGUUUUGCAAAAGAGUCUCUUGAGCUUUCAAGCAGUUAAUCCUGACCUUAACCUAAAUUUUGUGAGUAACUUUAUCAGAGAUUAUUGAUGGACACCUGCAAGUCCAGUAAAAGACAUGGUCUUGUAGGAGGUUUAGAGACAGCUCCAUUGUGAUGCCUGGGAAGGGAAGGCUGCACCCAGCCAGCUUUGCCCAGAGGAUGCUAUUGAUGAAGGCUGUGGAAGGAGACUGAGGUGUUUUCAUAGAAAUUAUCAGUAGCAUAUGCCAAAACUGCACUACUUCAAUUACACAUUUGCACUUCUGUCACAUGAAUUUAUUUCUGAGAAAGGUUUAUUCACAUUUCCAAAUAUGUGUUCAGUUCAGUGGCUGGGAGUAUUCUUCCACUGGCAGCAUUCAUGUAGUUUUCAAUCCAUUAGUUUUCAAUCUGAGCCCAUCUAUUCCAUCUAAUACUUGCUAGAAGCACUGUGAUAAGUGCAGAUGAAAUAGAACUGUCAAAUGAUAUUUAUAUAAUACAUAAACAAUGACUUUGAGGAGAAAAACCUGUGUUGAAAGGGGGUCAUUUUCAAGUUGGCAAGACACCAAUUAUUUUAUUGGGAGCUUGAGCAAAACAUCGUUUCAAAAUUGUAUUUCUAAAGAAUAUUGUUCAAGAAAAAACUUUCACAAGCAAAGUUAAAGAUUUGAAAAUUUUCAAACCAAUCUGUUUCUGUAAAAAAAUUGUUUUAUAUGCAUGAAUGGGGUUCAUGCCACCUCCCUUUGCAAGUGAUACCUGGAUGGUUUAGGCAAGGCAAUAAUCCUUUGGUUGUGUACUUCCCUUGUAAAUGAAUUAUUCAUUGCUUAUGUCUCUGCAGGUGUAAAAAUGUGUCUGUCCUUUUUGGUGCAAAGCUGUAGCUUUAUGAAAUGUGCCAUGUUGCUUUAUGGGCACUAUAAUGCUCAUUUUUCCAGCAAGUUGGGUUGUCCUGUGUGUCUGAUAGACGUGGAUGUUUGCUGCUUCACACUGGAACUGGCAGGGUUUUGCAUGUGACUCUAUGCCUUUUGUGGCAAUAUUUUGGAGAUUUACCCUAAUUAUUAGAAAUCCUAAAUCAAAUGAGAACUAUUAAGUGACCAUAAAUGGAAUUUCAACUGGCUAACAUAUUAUUUAUUAGCAUAAAAUCAGUAACUGAAGGUUUUGUACUUACUUUCACUAAAUGUACCUAAUUUCAGGUAAAUUAAUUUCUUUCUCCUUUUACCAUUUGCAAGUAACUUUUUGAUGUGAAUGUGUGUGCCUCAGUAUCUCAGUAAACAACAGAGUAAGUGCAUACUCAGUUGUUUCAGCAGAUGUGAGGGGCAAAUAUAUCACUUGAAUGAACAAAUGUCUGUUCAUGCAUGAGCAUCAUCCCUUUACAGAUAUGUGAAAAGUUUUUCCAUAAUGCCAACAGGCAAGCAGCUGCUAAUUUUAAUGUAAAGUAACCUGCAGAAAUGCUCAGAAUCUGAUUUUUUGAACAUAUCAAAUAUUCAAAUUUUUAUGUGCCUUUCAGCAUUUCCUAGAAAUAAAGUUCUCGUGUUCCUUUGCUCUCCCACCACAAGUCCAAUAAUGAACUUGUCACUAAAAUGAAAUUUUUACAAAAAUACAAUGAUCCUAAUUCCUGACACAUUUUUAGCUGUGCCAGAAAUCAUAUAUCUAUAGCAGCCAGAAGGGUUUGAUAAUAUUUUCCCAUAUUACAGUGAGAGAUUUGUCAGUCAGAAAUAUGUCUUCCUGGUGUACCUCUACAUUUAUGUAGUUAAGUAAAAAAAAAACAAUUGUGACCACAGUUAAUAUAACAGAAUAUGUUUGUUGUAUAUAUUCACUUCUUGCACAAUUAUUCUAAAUAUUUUUUCUCUCUAAAGCCAGAAAUUCUAGUUUUCUACAAAAUCUGUUCAUGGAGACCUGGCCUUUUCAACUUUUACUGUUACUUAUCUGAUGCUGCAUAAUGCAUAUUGUUAAAAUUUUUUGAUGGGUUUAAUCUGUCUACAGGAUUUAUAUCAUGAAACAAAAGUGCUCAGUGCAAGGAAUACCUGAAGCAAAUUACUUUUACCUUCCAGCUAUUCUGCAUGGCUUUUUGGCAAAUCCUCAGCAAUUCUGUUUCCUGUACAUACUCCAUGUGCACAUGCUUGGAGUAAAUGGAAGGAUUAUUAAUGGAAUGGAAAUAUUUUUGAGCACUAAAAUUAAGGAAUUUCCAACAUAAAUAGUUCAAGGCAAGAAGUAAAUAUAGUCAAUAUUGCUGUAAAACAAAGCCCACUGGCCUUAUGAAGAGCUGAUCAGUAUUUUGUUUAAAUGGAAGACAGUGGUGUAUUUCAAAAUUGAAGAAGUUCAGGGAAACACACCUGUUUCAGUGAAGGUUUUCUCAGGUUCAGCUGAUAGGAGAGAAUUGCCCUAAAAUAAAGAAGUGAAAAGAGUAUUUCCUUACAUGUGUGUAUGGGCUUGAAUGUAGGUCUUCCAUGAGCAAAGUGGACACUGAGCUAUAAAACCAUUGGCUAUUGCUUGGAGGUUUUCUUUAUCCAACUUUCAAAUACUGGUUUAAAAUCCUCACAGAAAGGAUUUUUGAGCUUGGGUUUCCCCAUCUCAUGUGAAUAUCCUCUUCAUUAAUCACUCUGGCUUUUACUUGAGGCCUCUGUUGUUGAGGAAAGAUUUGAUUUUAUUUUUAAGCUACAUAGGAAGAUUAUUUUACAUUAGAGUUAUGGGGGAGAAGGCAGGAAAAUUUUUUCCUUGCAAUUUCCACUUUAUAGAUAUUAAACAAUAGCAUGAAGUAUAAAAAUUGCUUGAAAUUACACAUGCACUAGUGAUUCCAAAGAAUAUAGCUAAGACUAAUGUCAAGUGUGAGAUGUGCUUUUUAAAAAACAUAUGUGCUUUGAUCUAGAAAGGCAGGGAGAAAGUCCUAGUCUCCAGUGCAAGCUAUUAAUGCCAGGGAUUUCUUUCUAUGCAAUUCUAUGGUGCACCUGUUUUUAUAGGGAUUAACUUGAUUGGUGUAGUUCAUGUAUCAGUGUGUUAUGUGUAGAAUGCUCUGUUUAAAGUGUCAUUAAGGAAACUGUGUGUCUAAAUGGUGUUACAACUUUAGGCUCUUUUUUUGUCUAACCUGACUUCACUAAAUCAUAAGAAACAAUAACAAGACAAUAUUUCAUAACAAUGCAUAAUCAAGUCUGACACGUUACACUUAUCACCUUCUAGGACAAAAGUUGUGUUCCUGUUGUGAGUUUUAAAAUUUUUUGUAUUUCUGUAUCUUAAAACAAAAAGCCAAAUUGUGCUACACUUUUAAACACAAAGAGCUAAUAAUUGUGUUUGGAAAGCUGAUCAAAAGUAGUCAAACUCAAAUUGGUCCUGUGUCAAGUUUCUGAACUGUGGUAUAAAAAUGUUUGUGACCCUCCUGUGCCUCCUCCACGGAGGGGAACCCUGGGUGCAAAACCUGCCAACAUCCAGACACGAAUCCAGGUUGCACUGCAGGAAAAUUGACAGAAUUGCUGUUCUUGGAGAGGUUUGAACAAACCCAGCUCCUCCCUUGUAGCAUUACACAAACAGAGGUUCUGUCUGUUGGACAGAGUGUUCUACAACAUGCAAGUUUUUAUUACUGUUUCUUUGAUUUACUGUGACUUCAUUCUGAAAAAAACAAUUGUUACUUAACUCUGUACUUGACUAGUAAAUUACUUUAGUUGUAGUGUCUUCUGCAGUAUUUCACCAAAUAAUGUUUGUUUCUAAUGUUUGUAAAAGUUAAUGUAAUAUCACCAAAAGUCAAAAUCAACAUUUUCUAAUAAUGCCUUGUAAUUUACCUAGCCUUACAGUAUUUCAGAAAAUUUUCCACCAAAACUGCAUCUAGUCACUGCUUGUCAAUUAUGAAAAAGAGAUAUUUAUAAACCUGUACCUUCUAGCUGCCAUUAAAGAUUAAUGAGACAAA